AUGCAGAGUAAUGCCGUGAAGCGAGGACAAGUGCGUCAAAUGCAGACACAGCGAUUUCGAUGGUAUCGAGAAUCCAGAGUCAAAUGGAUCGACAUACACGGGAUAGGUUUCGCUAUUGUAAUGCAAAACGAGAACGGACCGUGUCCACUUUUGGCUGUUGUCAAUGUGCUCCUUUUGAGAGGACAGAUCUCUCUACCACAUGGCUCCACGCAGGUCGAUGAAAAUCACUUAUUGCUGCUUGAUAUUACGGAGUGCGAGCUUGCAAAUUAUGAACAAAAUAUAGAAGACGUGCUCACUUUAAUACCUUCCCUACCACGGGGUCUCGACGUCAACAUUCAUUUCACUGGGUGCGUACUUGCUUUGGGCACAUUGUAUCAUAUUUGA